CAUUUAAACUGUACUUAAACCGAUUCUGAAAUAAAUCUUCAAACAUCUGUCUCUUACGCAAGCCGAUAGGCAGGUAUGGAUGGGUUUUUGAAAAGCGAUGAGAGACAAAGACUCGCCAAGGAGAGAAGAGAAGAACGAGACAAAUGUCUGGCCGCCAGGGAGCAACAGAUCCGAGAGAAGGAGAGAAGAGCCAAGUUGCAGUACGAAAAACAAAUCGAAGAGAGAUGGAGGAAACUAGAAGAACAGAGACAGAGGGAGGAUCAGAAGCGGGCAGCCGUGGAAGAGAAAAGGAAACAGAAGCUCAGAGAGAAUGAGGAACGCUUAGAAGCCAUGAUGCGGCGGUCUCUUGAGCGAGAGCAGAAGAGAUGGUCUUGGGGAGGAGCGCUCGCUUCGGGCUCCGGAGGCAGAGACGGUGUAGCAGAAAAUUCCCCACCCUCUCUCCUAGGUGUAGCUGCCAACACCCUUCCUCCAGACCCUGUGACCUCUUCUUCUUCUACUGCCGCUGCUGCUGCUGCUUGCGAGCCCCACAAUGCUUGUGACAAACUUUCAGCCUCCACCAUGAAUCUGCCCAAGCAGACGGAGUCACCCAUCAGUAAACGCCUCUCGGCUUCUACGGCAGCAAUUCCCUAUUCCCCUGACAGAGCUCACCGCAUGCACCUUAGUCCAAUGGAAAACUUGCUUGUUAUGCGACUGUUGACUCCCACACAAUCGUCUUUAGCCAGAAGCAGAAGUACCCUCAUGCUUUCUAAGCCCUACAGUGAUUCAGAUCCAGGCAGCCCUCUUAAAUCUCCCUACAAGUCUUCCCCAACCCGAAGCUCUGAGAGAAGGAAAACGACGUCUGCGUCCGGCUCAGCCGACGGCCUCAAAGGAGCUUCUGCGGCCCAAACUUCACCGGCCGAGAAGGUUAAAAGAGAGAAGCGACCCAUGACCCCCAUUUCUCCCUCAGGCCUGGGAUCGCCACUAAAAAGAUGUGAUUCUCCCGGUGGCUUGUCAAAGAGAUCCUCCUCGCCGGCCACACCCAAGUCGGCUUCGAAGACCUUGCCUCAGUCUCCCAAAACCAUGAAACCCUACGCAGGAUCUCCUGCAAAAUACCGCUCCUCCUCUACCUCCACCCAAGAGACCCCCAAGAAGAAAGCAGACAAAGAGAGAGCUAAUAAAGAAAAGGAGGAGGUUUCCGGACGAAAAGGGCCUCAGGGCAAAGAGGCUGCGGAAAAACACACCGUGGAGAAGCAUAUUCCCGAAAAACAAGCACUUUCUCCAGGAAAGACCGACAGUGGCGAAGGGAAGCUCUCCGCAGGAACGACUGAUGCGGAAGAAGCUUCCAAAAUCCUGGCGGAGAAGAGACGCCAGGCUCGUCUGCAGAAGGAGCAAGAAGAAUUGGAAAGGCAGGAGAAGGAAGAGCGUGAGAGACUGGAGAAGGAGGAACUGAAGAGAAAGGCCGAAGAAGAAAGAAUCCGCCUGGAGGAAGAAGCUCGGAAGAGAGAAGAAGAGAGAAAGCGGAAGGAGGAGGAAGAUCUGAGGAGGGCGGAAGAGGAAGCCAAGAGGAGGGCUGAGGAGGAACAGAUGUUAAAGGAGAAGCAAGAAAAAGAACGACAGGCCAGGAUGGAGAAACAGAAGGAAGACGCCGAAGCCAGGGCCCGGGAGGCUGUGGAGCAGAUGCGCCUCGAACGGGAACAGAUCAUGUUCCAGAUUGAGCAGGAGCGCCUGGAGAGGAAGAAGAGAAUAGAUGAAAUCAUGAAGAGGACACGGAAGGGUGAUGUCUUGCCAGAGGUGAAGAAGGAGGAGCCUAAGCUGGAGAUUCACCCCAUUUUGAGUGAAGAAGAUAAAUCUGAAGCAGCCGUCCACGAGAAAAUAGAAGUGAACGGAUUGAUUCCCUGCCAGGAGAUGAACAGCGUGGGAGGCCCCUGUUCCGACGCCGUAUCCCAAGAGCGGUUUUCCAAUGGGCUGAAGCCCGAAGUGGGGCUUAUCCAGCUGGAAGCCUUGGGCGGGAAGUCACCCAGCCUGGAAGACUCUGCCGAUGACGUUCAGUCAAUGGAUGUCAGUCCCGUCUCCAAAGAAGAACUCGUCUCCAUUCCCGAAUUUUCCCCGAUGAACGAAAUGAUUCCCGGAGGCUCUCUGGACCCAAACGGCACGAGCAACGCCAAGGCUAUCGCCGAGCUCUUAGAUUUCACCGGCCCCCCGCCGUUCUCCAAGAGACCCAGUGAAAACCUCAGCCUGGACGACUGCAACAAAAACCUGAUCGAAGGAUUUAACAGUCCGGGGCAGGAAACUACGCUCAACACCAUCUGUUGACGCGUGAAAUGUCCUGGAUUAGAAAGAGGUAGUAUUUUGUCAAGGAAAUACUGACCGCAUUGCCACUGCUGGCCAAAACCUCGACUUAUUACUCUCAAAAGAAGCUUCUGCAGACCUCGUCCCCGAGAUUCCAAAUAAUCAGAGUUGAAAAGCAGCAGCGUCUUCCCUCAGGACGUGAAAAAGGGACUGGCCAUUCUUGGCGGCAACUCUGAGCCUCUUAAGUGUCGAGGAAAGUUUCAUUGUGUUUUCUCAACUUGCGCGCUUCUGCCGCUCCUAACCUGCCUAAUGUAUUUCUCUCUUACCGUAGUUCCGUCAAACUUGCAUCCCGGUGGCUUAACUCGUGACUUUUCCCUUGUCCGUCACCCCGCCGGCACCGUAACUGGAAUCGCCGUAUUAUCUGGAGGUUUUCCUGUAAAUCCCCUGACAUCUGUCCACCGUUGAGAUGUCGUGGGCCGAGCCGUGCACCCGACUCAGGUCGGGGUUUUCCCUUUGCAGGCUGACGGUUGCACGGUGUCACCCGGGGGGAGACGCGACUUUUGAAGCCAAGCCGCUGCUGUCGUCGAGGCCUUUCUGACUGCUGAUUAGGACUUUGCCGUUUGUGAUGGUCCAGGAACCGAAAAUCAUCUUCUUUCCACCAGAAGGAACGUGCAGCGACCGUUGUUUCCCAGGGUUUGGCUGUCAACGGGGCUUGGGCAAAGCAUCGUGACAGAGAAGCAGCAUGGCGUAGUGGGAAAGAGCACAGGCCUGCCCCGGAUCUGCUGUGUGACCUUGGCCA